AUGCUAGCCACUGCUAGGAACACACUAGAGAGGAGGCACAGCUCGGUUUUGUCUCUGAUAGAUACGAUUUACUGUCAAAUUCAAUUGACGACAGUAGAAAGCACUCCAGCUUGUGACACGUCCAAUUUCCGUACCGCAGUUCAGCUGUGGAGCUGGCCAAAACGGCUGAACCUCAAAUUGUGUGCAUUUGCAGCACGCUACGACUCCGCAAUAGCGCGAUUGCUUUUUACAGGCUUCACCAGCACACAAUACAUCCAGAGAGAUCAUACUUUCGUGCCUCCAGCCGUCUUUCUCAUUAACGCUAUUCAACUGAUUCUCUUGGGAAAGUACUGUGUCAGCAUUGGCCGAGAUUCCAAACCUGACUUUGCCAAUAAGUCGUUCAAGGUACCCAUAAUCAGGAACACCGAUUCAAGAUGGGCUGGUUUGAUGGAAAGUCUUCAUCCUCGUCUUCCCACCGCUCUCAUUCCCGCCGACCCUCUUCCCCCUCACGACGGUCCACUUAUUCAACCCAUCAUCCUCGUCACUCCGCCCCGUCGAUUUUCAGUCUGA